AGCAGAGAGACGCGUCAGCUCAUGUGCGUCGAGUCUCCGCCCCCAACUUUAUUCUGAAGAACAAACAGAAACACUGAGGAGAAGAAGAAGAAGAAGAAGCAGGAGGAGGAGGAGGAGAAGUUUGAUCUCCAGCUCCUCACACUGUGUCAUCAUCUGCAGGAGAUCCGCUCCUCUACAGCAGAACCUCACACGUUAUCAUCAUCAUCAUCAUCAUCAUCUCUAAACUUUGUUCUGACCGCACGUGAGCGCAUCAUGACUUUCAGGAGGCUGAAGAAAGUGAACUCCAGCGGACCCGAGUCUGGACCCGAGUCUGGACCCGCAGCCCAGGACCACGACAUUUAUUUCCCCUCGUCCAAGUCGGACAGCUGCAGGACUGCGGAGGUGCAGAGCGGCUCCUCCGAAGUCUACAGCUACAAGACUCUGGCUUAUUCUGGAGGGACGCUGCCCAGGAACUUCAAGAAGGGUGGCGGUCUGCAGAAGUGGAAACCCUUGACACUGUCACCAGAACCACAGAGGAAGGUGGUGGUCCUGGAGAAAAAUGAGGAGGAUUCGUUUGGUUUUGAGAUCCAGACGUACGGCCUCCACCAUCAGGACCAGAACUCGGUGGAGAUGUGCACGUUUGUGUGCAAGGUGCACGGCGACAGCCCGGCCCAGCAGGCAGGACUCAAAGUCGGGGACACAAUCGCGAGUGUGAACGAGGCCUCCGUGGAGGGAUUUCGGCACAAAGAAAUCGUUCAGCUCAUCAGGGCCUGUGGAAACACACUCAGGCUGGAGACGGUUUACAGCGACUCCAUCCGGAAAGCGGAGCUGGAAGCGCGGCUGCAGUAUCUGAAGCAAACGCUUCAUGAGAAAUGGGAUGAAUAUCGGUCGCUGAUGGUGCAAGAGCAGAGGCUGGUUCACGGUAUAGUAAUGAGUGAUGCUGCAGUGUACGAGUCCCUGGAGUCAGCAGGCAUGUACGGCAGCCUCGGCGCUCCCAGCCCCGCCGCUCAGAGAGCCCUGCGCGGCACUGGCAGCACCAGCAGCAGCGCCAGCUUUCUCAGCACGGCCACAGAGGACGACCCUCUGUACCAGACCUGCCUGUACCAGGUGGACGGCAGCGUGGACUCAGACAACGGAAGUGCCGGCAAAAAGAAUGAGCUGCAGCUACCGCAGAGGCUGCAGCGUCUCCGACCGGCCAGCGAGUUCUUCACGACGGCCAAAACACAGCUGACCCGCAGCGCCAGCACACGCAGCUACAUGAGAGGAUCCACGUCGUCGGGCGAGAAGCAGGGAGGGUUCAACUCGCUGCAGAGGAAGCCCAAACAGAAAAGCUUUCGCAGGCGCCUCCUUAAAUUCAUCCCCGGGCUGAACCGACCGCUGGAGGAGGAGGAGAGCAAACUGUGAGACGAUCGCCUGAACGUCACAGAAAACAGACCCAAUGACUUUAAAGCACCAGUGACUGUCAGACUAAAUCUGCCAAAGAAAACCGAGCACGCAGUCCCAAAGUGAGAAGAGACCAAAGUUGACGAACAUUCAGCUGCAGUCUGUGGCUUUUCCCAGCUGGACUUUUUCUUUUCAUUUGUUCAUACCUUGUUUAAGUUAUUUAUUUAUUUUAACACGUUUGGUUUAUGUACAGAAUGAAGCAUUUUUCAGUUUUUACUGCAUGCGAGACUUUUAUUUUGACAGCUGAAUAAAUGCCCUGUUUCGAGUUUAA